CAGCCGAUUGGUCCGCUCAGCUGUCACUCACAGGCUGCUUUCCCGCAGACAUACUAGGUUGUGGCGGCUCCGGGGGUUGAGGGAGCGGAAACCCCGGGCACGGCCAAGCAGGGAGGGGAAGAGCCUGGUAUCCGCCCCCUCCCUCCUCCAGUAUUCUCGACUGGAUGCCUGGCACCCUGUGAGGAGGCUCAAGGACCGGGGAGGUGAGCGAUCUUCUCCCCCCCCGGGAGGGAAAGGCCCCCGGUGCGGGCCGCGGUUCCGGGGGAAGGGAUGACUCUGGACUCCAUGAUGGCCUGCUGCCUGAGUGAGGAGGUGAAGGAAUCAAAGAGGAUCAAUGCCGAGAUCGAGAAGCAACUGAAGAGGGACAAAAAGGAUUCCAGGCGGGAGCUGAAACUGCUGCUGCUAGGUACAGGAGAAAGUGGGAAGAGCACAUUUAUUAAACAGAUGAGAAUUAUCCAUGGUUCUGGAUACUCGGAAGAAGACAAAAAGGGCUUCACCAAACUUGUAUAUCAGAAUAUCUUCACUGCCAUGCAGUCCAUGAUACGUGCCAUGGAGACAUUGAAAAUUCUCUACAAGUGUGAGCAGAACAAGGCCAAUGCACUCAUUGUAAGAGAAGUUGAUGUGGAAAAGGUGUGUACCUUUGAACAGCCCUAUAUAACUGCAAUCAAAAACCUGUGGAGUGACCCAGGCAUCCAGGAAUGCUAUGACCGGCGGCGGGAAUACCAACUGUCAGAUUCCGCCAAAUACUACCUGACAGAUGUAGAUCGCAUUUCCAAGCCAGGAUACCUGCCCACACAGCAAGAUGUACUGCGUGUCAGAGUGCCAACAACGGGUAUCAUAGAGUACCCUUUUGACCUGGAAAACAUCAUCUUUAGAAUGGUGGAUGUUGGAGGUCAGAGGUCAGAACGAAGGAAGUGGAUACACUGCUUUGAGAACGUUACUUCCAUCAUGUUUCUUGUAGCCCUUAGUGAAUAUGACCAGGUCCUUGUGGAGUCUGAUAAUGAGAACCGAAUGGAGGAAAGCAAGGCUCUAUUCAGAACCAUAAUCACAUACCCCUGGUUCCAGAAUUCCUCAGUCAUCCUGUUUCUAAAUAAGAAGGACCUUCUUGAAGAUAAAAUCAUGUACUCUCACCUUGUAGAUUACUUUCCUGAGUUUGAUGGUCCUCAGCGGGAUGCCACAACAGCUCGUGAAUUCAUUCUGAAAAUGUUUGUGGAUCUGAAUCCCGAUAGCGACAAAAUAAUCUACUCCCACUUCACCUGUGCUACAGACACAGAGAACAUCCGCUUUGUAUUCGCUGCUGUCAAAGACACCAUCCUUCAGCUAAACCUGAAAGAGUACAACCUGGUGUGACCAGGCACCCCAGCUCUCCUACUCGCCUACAUGGUGCAGUCCCACUCACUAGCAGACAGUGAAGCACCUGUAAAUGAGGAGGAGCCUCCAGUCCUACUUUUUGUUUUAUUACUUUUAUUUUUUAAAUUGGUGGGUUUUUUGUUUUUGCAAAAUUAGUGCGAAUGCAGCACAGUGCUGCAAGUUUGCCUUUGAUAUAAGUGGUAAAAUUCAUGUGAUUUUUAUUUUUUUAUAUGUAUUUUAAAUUGUUUCUACAAAAACAAAAGUGUUUCUUCAUCAGUUACGAUGAGAUGAGGUGAAUGGAGGCAAUGGGGCUUUUAGUAUAGUGUAUGCAUUUACAUCCUACCAUCUUCCUUACACUUCUGUUUAGUUUUGAUGAAGAUGUGUCCCCAUUGCCAGUAUUUUCUUGCCUCCGACUUGGUUUCACGGGCUUCGGCCCACAGUCAUUUCCCACCUCCGUUUUUAUUUUAUUCCGGUGCAAUUUAAGAUGCAUUGCAUGUUUUAACACUAAAUACAAAUGACAGGGCUAAAAAUCUGUAUACUUUUUAGGGAUGACAAAAUCAGUUUGUGUGUAUGUAUAUUGUAUAUCAUUAUUAUUAUUUUUUUUAUAUAUAUAUAUUUUGAACAUAUCUAAACCGUUAUUUCCCCUCCAUUAUUUCACUUUUUUUUUAUUUUUAUGUGUCUAGGUUGCAUAUCAUCUGGCUUUACAGGGAUAUGUCUCAAAACCACUGAGUAAAGUUGGGAGAUACCAUAGUAUUUUAAUGUUUGCAGAGGGACCAGUGUAAAAAGGAAGUUGUACAUCCACAACUUAUCCUCAAGCAAACUUGGACAGAGAAGUAGAACUAGAAACUAUGACUUCUCAUGCACAACUUGAUCCAUCGUGCCACCCCUUUUUUCAUUUAGGGUGGUCAAAGACACCAGUGGCUUAGAAUGUAUGUGUUGUGCCAGAUGUUGGCAACUAGUAAUUCCAUUAUAUUUAGAGUUCACAAUGCACAGUAUAUUUCUUUAGAGAUCUGUCUGGAUUUUGACUUUAAAAUAUAUAUUUAUAUUUGGGGCUGGGGGCACUGUCAUAUUCGUGCCACUCUUGGGAUGAAAAGUUGUAAAGGACACUAAAUUAUUUGGAGGAUCAUGUGACCAUUACUGUAAAAUAUUAGAUGUCACUAACGUAUUCCGUGACCAUAUAAAAGCACAAGGCCACAGAUAAUUUCUAAUAUUUUUCAUUUACAGUAACAUGGAGUCGUCAUUCCUUACAAUGUGCAAGGUUGUGAAAUACAAAAACUCCAUUUAAUCGCCAGCUGCUGAUUUGUUCCUGUGCUAAUCUCCAGUUUGUUUACGCCAAGCUGUGGCCUGUGCCAUAGCAGUAAUUCAGCUGCAUCCCUAGGUUCACAGGAAGGUGCAAUAAUGCAUUUUAAGGACACUACGUAACAGGCGUCAUCACUAGGCUCUAUUACUGUUGAGACAGAGCCCAUGGUACAGAGCCUGAAGCAUUUAGAAUUCAUUACAAAGUCCUACUACCCUCUUUUGUCACUUUAACUUGAUUUUUGAGACAAUGUGUAGUUUUGUAUACUAAUUAACUCUAGCUUUCUGGCUUCACGACACUCAACAGAAUAGUGCCAGGUCCAUUUUCCCCUGUACUGAAAACAGCUGCCAUUUGCUGAGUCGCAAUCUUUUCUUUAGAGUAGAACUUCCCCAAGUACACACUUUCAUUUGAACUAUUUUAACACAGGUGUUUGUACAGCAUGCCAAGAUGAUGCUGCCCCCCUGUGGUAUUCAGUGGCUUUCAAAUAAGUGACUACAGGUGUACAGGCUAAAUAAAUACACAGUAUUACAGCAGACUUAACCAUCAGAGAAUAACCCUUUUCCUCUUACCUGCUCUUCUCCUUCCUUGAGGGUUACCUGCAUCCCAAUAAACCCAGUACACUAACUUUUGAUUAUGUAUAUCUCACUGACAGAUGAGAUACUGACCGUAUAAACUAAGAACUGACUUUCUGUGUUAAGUUGAUAAUUUGCUGCUGAAUUUGGGUUAGAGCUUUUUCUGCAAUUGUCCCCUUUUCAAAUAUGGCUUUCUUCAAGUUUUUAACGUGCCUUAUGCAUUCAAUUGAACGGAGUCUACUAUACCCUAGAAAUGACAGUAUAUAAAGGGCAAUAAUAUUUUGUGGAUUUAUUUACUUAGAUCGCAGGUGACAACAUGCUACAAAAUAUGGUAUUGUGUUUUGACUCUUUCAUUAAGAGUGUAAUUGAAAUAGUAAUUCUAAAGGUUACAUUUUUUUGUAAAGGUGUCAUAUAAUUUUCGGACUUUAACCGUAAGAUAUUUAUAUUGUGUCCCCAAAACAUUGCGUUGUUUAGUGCUCAACUAUGGUAUGUACUCCCUGGACUAGUGUUACAAGCCUAACCUCCCUGUCGUCACUGGGCAUACUACAUUGUUGGUCUAGCAGGUCUACAGGUGUGCCCUUGCAUUUUUGGUGUCCAGCCAGGAUCUCUUGGGAAUACAGUAUAGUUAAUGUUAUGGCAUCAUGAACAUAAAAUAAAUUGCUUUUCAAUGAUUUUUCCUUCUAAUCGCAAGUGUCAAUAACACUGCAUAUACGGUAACCUAUUGGUAAAGUCUACAAGCGGUCUUUAGUAUUUUUCCGUCUUUUGCCAAUGUUGAAAGUGUUUUGUUUCUGUGGGCUGUUUGCCAUAAUGUCCCUUUUUAUAUGGGCGUAGGUUUUAUCUGCCUUUUUCCACAGAGUGACAUUCCUUGACAUUUGCACUUUGUGCCCAGUAAAAUAUAUCCUGAUCUGUUGUUCUGGUGGCAGCUGCACUCUAAUUUGUGGUCUCCCAAUAUUCCAGAGCAUGAUCCUGUGAGAACACUAAAUAAAGUUCACUACUUUAAAAAAUAAAUAUAUAUAUAUAUAUAUAUAUAUAUAUAUAUAUAUAUAUAUUCUGUAUUAUAAGUUUGGGCUCUGAAAUCACUUUUUGUCUUAUCAGUUUGCAGUGUUUCGCAAUUCAUUCUGUUAUGUAUGAUAUACUAUGUGUAGUUUUGUUUUGUUUUUUCGUUUCUUUUUAAAAAUAUGCAAUUGUGAUUGUCGAGAAACACCAAUCCUCCCUUCCCACAUUGCCAUUUCAUUAUUGCACUGUGUAAAGAAAUUCUGAUAUACAAUUCCCAGUCUACUGAACUAUUGUUAAAUUUAUUUCCUAUUAGAGUGAUGUCCGUCAAGAUAGUUUUAGAUGCAACGUUUUGGUCCUCCACUUUUAUAAGUCACGAAGGCAAAACUGCAAGCUUUUAUAGGAAAGACCUUGUUUUUACUUUAUAUUUUCUGCUACCUCCUUAGUGCUGUCCCUAUUGUUUCCUCCCAACACUCCCCACACCAGGCCUUCCUGUUGCCAUCUCCCUUUCUAUUUGUUCUUGUUACUGUCUAUAGUAAAAGUGCCAAAGUUGUGGUAAACAUGGAGCUUUACAGCCCAGCAUUUUUUUUUUUUUUUUUUUUUGUAGACCAUGGUUCGUUUCUUCACAUUUUGUUUCUUUAUCUAGAUAAUGCUAUUCCAGUGUGUUCCCUUCAGUCAAUAUCUGAUAAUAAGAAAGCCUAUAGUAUCUUCUUAUUUGUUUAGCAAACAACUGAUUUCAAAUAUAGUCACUGGGACAUGUAAUACUAAAACAGUCUUUCUGGUAUUGUUGCUCUUCAGUGUUAAGGAAUGUGAUUAAUGUAAUACUUUCCUGUAUUGUUAAUUUACAUAUUGUAAAUCUGUGUUACAAGAAGUGUGUAUGUACAGCCCUUAUGCUGACAGUAAUGCGGAGAGUGAGGUAGAAGGCUUGUAUAUUAUUUAUUUACUCCAAAUGAUUCUAAACAAUUUCCACCUUUCUGUGUUUCUAAAUGGAGAGACUGUUAAUUAGCGUGGCAUUGUCUAUACUCUCGCUGAUUUGUGACAAAUCCUUCUGCAUAUUCAUGUGACCCAUAUCUGUACACACUUCCCACCUCCCAAAAGCAGAUUGAAGACCAUUUAAUUUCGCCUCUUUGUCCUUACUGCAGUGUCUUAAAUAAUUCUUUAGUUUGUAGCAGGGAGAGUGUAAGAAUGACUGACUGUGAAUUGUGUCCUGAGUACACGUUUAUUAUGGGGUAUUGUUAAAGAUGUACAUUAAGGACAAGACACAAAAUGCAACUGGUAUUGUAACCGCUGCAAAAUAAUUAUUGUCAAAAUGUAUUUGGUUGUUUUUUUUGUUUUUGUUUUUUUUUUAUUAUUCAAACCCAGGCUCUAAAAAGCUUAUUUCCAUUAUUAUGGUAAACAGUAUAAAUAUACCUAUAUUUUAGUCUUGGUAGCUUUGUGUGGAAAGGGAGAACUCCUAAACACAAAUACAUUCCUUCACAGCAGCUUUUGUCAAACCUAUACACAACUCGUUAUACCACAGCUAACAGCACUUGGUCUAAUUUAUUCUGAGGGAAUUCGGAGACUUUGGAUUCCACAUACGGGGGGCUCAGUAACCAUAACCAAGGGCCCAGGUUUGAUUUCUGCACCACAGGUGAAAUUAUCCAUAACGUUUUCUGGAGUUUGGAGAGUAUGUGAUUAUACGGGUCACUUUUUAUAUUCUGCAACUUGCUCACAUUAUAGUUUUUGUUCUGAAUGUUCUGCAAAUUGAAUCCCUCUACACUGGAGGAUCAGUAGCAGAACUAAAACAGAACUCCUUCCGCUAGUCUAUACAAGCUGUAUCCUUCAUAUCUAGGCACUUGGUAAAUGGCAUUUUUUUUUUCUUCUGUUUUUUUUUGUUUAUGGUUUCUUGUUCCUUAAACUGAUUGCUUAAUCUCCUGUCCCCUUGUGCUGACUGAUCUCCCCUGUUGCUCAAAUGCACACUGGAAUUUGAUUUUCAUAUUGUGCUCCUCAAAAUAAAUUGUUUCAAAUUCGACAA